CGCGAGACUUGUCCGACUGUCAGAUUUCAGCAGGCUCGAAACAACCAUAAUAACUAUUGAAAAAGCUCUUAACCUUUUACACCACCAGCUGCUGAACACGGAACUUGUCGAGUAAACAACGUCUAAACGAUUUGGCUCUCUGAUGGUGUAGGGACUUAUUCAAGAUGAAUUGCGAGCUUUUGGCAACGUGCACUGCUCUCGGCUAUCUCGAAGGUGACACUUAUCACAAGGAAGCUGAAUGCUUAGAGAGUGUGAAAGACUUGAUCAGGUAUUUGCGGCAUGAAGAUGACACACGUGACGUCCGCCAGCAGCUCGGUGCGGGACAGAUUGUACAGAAUGACCUUCUACCAAUUAUCAUCCAGCAUGGACAAGACAAGGCCUUAUUUGAUGCCUGCAUCAGGCUCAUGGUCAACCUUACUCAGCCUGCCAUGCUUUGCUUUGGUAAAGUCCCGGAUGACCCAGUGUUUCGACAUCACUUUCUGCAAGUGACGUCUCAUUUACAAGCCUGUAAAGAGGCAUUUGCAAGUGAAGCGGUGUUUGGCAUCUUAAGUGAGACACUGUACACACUUCUACAACUGGACUGGGAGCAGAGACAGGAGGAGGAUAACCUGCUGAUAGAGAGGAUCCUGCUGCUGGUCAGAAAUGUGCUUCAUGUACCUGCGGACCCCUGUGAAGAGAAGAAAGUGGAUGAUGAUGCCAGCAUCCAUGAUAGGCUGCUGUGGGCCGUUCACAUGAGCGGUUUCGAUGACCUGGUCAAGUUCCUGGCGUCGGCCCAGAGUGAUCAGCAGUGGAGUAUGCAUGUGUUGGAAAUAAUCUCCCUCAUGUUCAGAGACCAGUCACCAGAAGCUUUGGUGAGUGCCGGUCAGGCUCGUUCAGCAGAAGAGCAGCACAGAGACGCUCAUGAGCUGGAGGCACUGAGGCAAAAGGAGCAUGCAGCGAAACGCUCCCGCACAUUACAAAGAGGAACCAGACACUCUCGCUUUGGAGGCUCCUAUGUUGUGCAAGGCCUCAAGUCCAUCGGGGAAAAAGAUGUGAUUUAUCACAGAAAUAUUCACAAUUUCAAAAACUAUACUCACGACACGGGCAAAGCAGUGAGACGUGUUCCCAAGAGGAAUCGAGAGGCUCGCGAAUGUAAGGACAAACGGCGCUCGGCCUUAAAUGUUCGCCUCUUCCUGCGAGAGUUUUGUGUGGACUUCUUGGAGAACUGCUACAAUCGCCUCAUGUACCUCGUCAAGGAAAGUCUUAAUCGAGAGCAGACUCAGCAACACGAUGAGACGUACUAUCUCUGGGCGCUCAGCUUUUUCAUGGCCUUCAACCGUGGCAACGGUUUCCGUGCUGACUUAGUUUCUGAGACCAUGUCCAUUCGUGCUUUCCAUUAUAUUGAGCGCAACAUCACCAACUACUAUGAGAUGCUUCUUACAGACCGCAAAGAAGCCACUUCCUGGUCACGCAGGAUGCACCUGGCACUAAAGGCAUACCAGGAGCUGCUGCUAACUGUAAAUGAGAUGGACCGCUCACAGGAUGAAAGCAUCCGCCAGAGUUCCAGCGUUAUUAAAAGCAACAUAUUUUACCUGAUGGAGUACAGGGAGGUUUUCCUGACCCUGCUGAGGAAGUAUGAUGAAACCAGACAGCCUCACUCCUACCUCAAAGACUUGGUGGAGUCAACUCAUCUCUUCAUGCGCAUGUUAGAACGCUUCUGCAAAGGUCGCAAUAGCCUGAUGGUUCAGAAAAAGAAAGUGAGGAGGAGAAAGUCUCAAGGUAAAAAGAAGCGACCGGUUGCAGAUACUAGUCCGGAGGCUCUGGCGGAGACCUGGAGGGUUGUGGCGGAAGAACUGAAGGCUUCUGGGUGUCUGUUGUCAGAGUCUUUAACUGAAAGCAUUGUGCCAUUUGACGCCACGUCUGAAACUCCACUUGAGGAGCAAAAGACUGAGGCCAUGGUGCGGGUGCAGGACGCCCUGCAGGUUCGACUGGGACCAGAGGCGCUGGGGCUGCUGCGAGCUGCCAGGGAGGUGUGGCCAGAGGGAGAUGUGUUUGGUUCAGCUGAUGUGGAACCUGAGGAAGAACUGGAACUCCUGAAGCAGAUCCUGCAUGCCAACCUGCCAAGGUCAUCUCCUCCUGAGCCUGUAGCAGAGGAGGAUGAGGAUGAUGCAGCAGAGUUAGAAGAGGAAGAGCUGGAGUCUGUCCAGGUUUCCGAAAAAGAGUUCAACUUUCUGGACUAUAUCAAGAGGUUUUCCCAGCCCAGUAUUGUGCGUCCAUACCUCCUCUUAUUAAAAUCAUACGCAAAAAACACACCUCACACAAACCACUGCAUCGCUCGAAUGCUGCACCGCUUGGCUGUCGACCUCAAAAUGGACGCACAGCUUUUCCAGCUGUCAGUCUUCAACCUAUUCAACAAGAUCCUGAGUGACCCCGCAGCUGCAGCUUACAAGGAACUGGUGACCUUUGCCAAGUUUGUGCUGAGUCGUUUCUUUUCACUGGCAGCACAGAACAAUAAGGCAUAUGUUGAACUGCUGUUCUGGAAAAACGUGGGAGCUGUACGUGAGAUGACUGAAGGCUACACCAAAGACGGAGAGAAAAGUAAACCGACAUGGACGGAAGAGGAGGAAGAGGAGUUGCGCAACCUUUAUGAGGAGCACCGUAAUUCGGAAGCGCCAGAUAUAGUGGAGAUGCUGCUGCCGUUACUCAGCAACCGCAACCGCAAUCGGCGGCAGGUAGUGAUUCAGCUGGUGCACAUGGGUCUGGUGGCCAGUGCUAAAGAACUGAAGAAGCAGAAGAAAGGCACCCAGAUUGUUCUUUGGACUGAGGAGCAGGAGGAGGAGCUGCAGAUGCUCCACGAGGAGUACAAAGACUCUGAUGAUGUGCUGGGUAACAUCCUGAAGAAGCUCACAGCCAAGCGGUCCCGUGCACGUGUGGUGGACAAGCUGCUCAGUAUGGGCUUGGUGUCUGAGAGACGAGAACUUUAUAAGAAGAGGAGUCGCAGCGCUCACGGGAAGAGCUCUGGAAAAGGAAUGACCGAAGAAGAUUUCCUAGAAGAACUAACACAAGGGUUCCCAGAUGACAGAGAUGAUGAUGAAGAGGAGGGAGAGGAUAAGUCGGAAGUGAGUGAGGAAGAGGAGGAUGGAGAGCAAGAGAAGGAGCGAUCACAAAAUGAAGGAAGGCAGAGACAAAGCCUGCGCUCCACAGAGGAGAGGAGACCUGAUGUAGGCAGCAUGGUGUGUGCACUACAACAGGAAGACAUGUCUGGACCCUUGUUGUGGCUACAGAAUCGUCUAAUAAGAACAGCAGAGGACCGUGAAGAAGAUGGUUCGUCCCAGGAUGUGCCACUUGUUCCACUGACUGAGGCAAAUGAAGAAGCCAUGGACAACAAGAGCUUCCGGAAGCUGUUGCGUAAACUGGGAAUUCGAGCGCCUGAAAGUGAACAGGAGACAUUUUGGAGGAUCCCUGCAAAGAUCAGUGUAUCUCAGCUCCGGAGUGCAGCUGCAGCUCUUAGUCCAAGAGAGGAGGAACCUAAAGGAGGCGAGGAGCAAGACGGCACCAGGAGCCCAAAGGGAGAAUCCCAGGAGGAGGAGGAGGAGGAGGAGGAAGUCUCAGGUGAACAGAGAGCUCAGGCUCUGAAAGCUCUGCUGCUCACACGCAAGAGGAAACGCCACACCUCAGAGCAGACAGCUCCUGUUUCAGAUGUCCCUCCUACUGAGGAUACAGACAGUACACUUGAGAGGUCUCAGGAGAAUACUUCAACUAAAAGAAGCAGAAGCAGAGUGUUGGACGACGACGAUGAUGAUGAUGAUGAUGAUGAUGAUGAUGAGGAGGACUCCACCCCUGCAAUGGAAAUAGAAACCAACGUGGAUGCAGAUUCAGACGAGGAGGAUAUCUCUGCUCCUGUGAAGCGUAGACGGAAGAUGGUCUUAAUUGAUGAAGAAGACGAUGAGGAUUAGGGACUUUCUUUAAUGGACUGUAAGAGCUGCAGACAGGGGAGACAUAAAAGGCCCUCACUUUACUCAGAGGUGAAUGAAGUCCUCUGGAGGUCUGCAGUCCAGACCGUGGAAACUCCAUUAAGGGAACAACCCAAAGACCGGCCCCUGCGGAUACAUAGGUCCUAUUAAGAUAUUUCCUUUUGUCAUAUCUUUGUUAAGCUUGAUUGCUGCCUUUCUGUAGUUACGGUAAGUUUGUUGAGUCAGACUCCUGUUUUUUCUCUUAGCUUUCUCAGCGUGGACAACAUAAAGAUAUUGCUGUCUGAGAAAGAUUUGAAAAUUCAUUAUUUUUUUGUUAAAAUUGCAUUUUGCAUUUGUACUUUUUUGGUCAUUUCCAAUGUCAACUUUUGUAUUUCAGAGUAAAAUAAAUGUUUACUUAAUAAAAAAAACUG